AUGAAGAAAUUGGAGGGAAAGAUGGAAUGGGAUAUUUUAUUGAAUCAGAUGAUUUUAAAAAGUUAAAUGUUGGAUUUGCUUUAGAUGAAGGAAUUGCAAACCCUAAUGAUGCUUUGAGAGUUUUUUACGGAGAAAGAGUACUUUGGUGGAUUAAUGUUAAAGCAAGAGGUAACACAGGACAUGGAUCACAAUUCAUCAAAGAUACCGCUGUUUCAAAAUUGAAUCGUAUUAUCAACAAGUUUAUGGAAUUUCGCACAUCUCAGGAACAACAAUUGGCAAUUUGUGUAAAUGCGGAUGGAUCAAAAUAUAAAAUUGGGGACGUAACAACCAUUAAUCUUACUAUGCUAAAUGCUGGUGUUCAACAUAAUGUUAUUCCAGAAGAAGCUAUAGCAGGUUUUGACAUUAGGAUCUCACCAAAUGUUAAUUUAACGGCAUUUAAAAACUUUAUAGAAGAAAUCGUAUAUUCUGAACCUGACACUACAAUAGAGUUUGUGCAGCAUAAUGGAGCUAUAAGAAAUACACCACUAGAUGAAAGUAAUAUUUGGUGGGUUGUAUUUCGUGAUUUCUGUAAAGAACGUAAUGUCAUUAUUGAACCUGAAAUUUUUCCCGCUACUACUGAUGCGCGUUAUAUACGUAACGGCGGAAUUCCGGCAUUGGGUGUUUCUUAUAUUAAAAAUACACCUAUUUUACUACAUGAUCACGAUGAACGUAUAAAUGAGAAUUUGUUUCUUGAAGGUAUCGAGUUUUAUAAAGAUUUAAUCAACCACUUGGCAAAUAUCCAAGAAUCUUAA